AUGGAAAAAUUAGCGAACAAACUUUUGUGUUGCAUAUUGGACUCACUUGGUGUCACCGUAGAUGAUAUUGAAUGGGCUCAGAAAGCCGAGAAGUCUGGAUCAAAAGUGGGCCAACGUGCCAUACGACUAAACCAUUACCCGGUUUGCCCUGAACCAGAAAGAGCCAUGGGUCUAGCCGCUCAUACCGACUCCACCAUCCUAACCAUUCUGCACCAAAGCAAUAUGGGAGGGCUACAGGUGUUUAAAGAAGAGUACGGUUGGGUUACUGUAGAGCCGGUUUCUGGUGCUCUGGUGGUCAACAUCGGCGACCUCUUUCACAUUUUAUCAAACGGGAAAAUCCCAAGCGUGGUUCACAGAGCCAGAGUUAACCAGACCCGGUCAAGAAUUUCGAUUGCGUAUUUGUGGGGUGGUCCAGCUGGUGAUGUGGAGAUAAGACCUAUACCCAAGAUAGUUGGUCCGGUUGGAGCAUCUCUAUACCGGCCUAUUACUUGGAACCAGUAUCUCCGUUUGAAAUUUGAGGUUUUCGACAAGGCCUUGGACGCAAUUAGGGUCGUUAAUCCCACCAAUUGA